AUGUGUUCCACAUAUCCAGCAAACUGGGUCACUUUUGAUGAUGAACCCCUCUUUCAAUCUCCUCAAAAAUCAGUGGAAAAUCGUAAUACCUGUAAAGCAAAUGGUCUUAAUCUCAAUCUUGCUAAUAUGCAUGAAUCGUCCAGUAGGUCAUCUUCUACAAGCAGCACUCCACUUUCUUCUCCUAUAGCUGACUUUUACUUAAAUCCUGGACCUCCUAGUAACUCUCCACUUUCUACACCUACCAAAGAGUAUCCAGGAAAUCCCUGUAUCCCCAAAUCAGGAAUUCACAUUCUUUAUCCUAUUCCUGAAUUGUCAUCAAACAUUAACCUUCACCCACCACCUGGGACUUGUUCUUCCUUAGCUUUUCAGAAACUGAGCACUGCAGCUAAUGAUAAUCCACCUAAGAUUUUAUUCUCUAAACAAGCAACCCCAGGUGAAAUAAAUCCUACUUACCAAGAAAGCUGCAAUAAAUUAGAAGAUCAGUUGGAAUUGGAACGCUUCCAAUAUUUUCAGAAUGACUGUGCUUUUUCAACUCUAUUUUGGAAAGAGGGGUGUUCAACUAGCAUGUCUCCCUGUAAUGUUGACACACAAAGAAAGGAUAAAAAGCUUUGCAGAGGUAUUUGCCAUCCUAAAGAAAAAGACACUUGCCAUGAUCAGAAAAGUCUCAGUCAGAAUUCCUUCAGUUAUAUCUGUGAAAGGCUUGAACAUUUGCAAACUGAUACUUUGGGAAGCCUGUCUGCCUCCAGCAUACAUGCAUGGCAUAAUCUCUCUUCUUUCAUUCCACACAGUCUCUUCAGGAGCCAGAAAAAAGAUGGUUGGCCUAUCAUGCUAAGAAUUCCUGAGAAGAAGAAUAUGAUGUCAUCUCGGCAGUGGGGUCCUAUUUAUCUUAAAGUCCUACCUGGGGGCAUUUUACAAAUGUACUAUGAGAAGGGCCUUGAAAAACCUUUCAAAGAAUUCCAGCUCCAACCAUACUGUAAACUGUCAGAACCCAAGCUAGAGAACUGUAGUGUUUCAGGAAAAAUCCAUACCGUGAAGAUUGAAUAUGUGUCUUAUACAGAGAAAAGAAAAUUCCACCCCAAAGCAGAAGUGGUCCAUGAACCAGAGUUGGAGCAGAUGCUAAAAUUAGGAACCACGGAUUACAAUGUCUUCACUGACUUCCUUGCAACAGUUGAGGAAGAGUUAAUGAAGCUUCCAGCCAUCUGUAAGCAAAAGAGAAAUUAUGAGGAACAAGAAAUUAUACUAGAAAUAGUGGAUACGUUUUGGGGGAAAAUCACUAAAACAGAAGGAAAACUCGUAGAAAGUGCUGUCAUCACACACAUUUAUUGUAUGUGUUUUGUGAAUGGCAAUACUGAAUGCUUUUUUACUUUAAAUGAUCUAGAGCUUCAGAAAAGAGAUGAACGUUAUUUUGACAAGGACCUGGAGAAGAAAUGGAUUGAUAUUCUUGACUACCAUUUCCAUAAGUGUGUCAAAACACAUGAGUUUGAGCAAUCUAGAAUUAUUAAGUUUAUACCCCUGGAUGCCUGUAGAUUAGAACUGAUGCGUUUCAAGACACUGUAUAAUGGGCAAGACCUUCCAUUUUCUUUAAAGGCUGCAGUAGUUGUUCAAGGAGCAUACAUUGAACUUCAGGCUUUUAUAAACAUGUCUUCUACUUCUCUGAUUCCAGCACGUUUGCAUUCCAUGAAAUACUGUGAAAAUGUCAUGAUACGCUUUCCAGUUCCUGCACAGUGGAUCAAAGCACUUUGGACAAUGAAUCUCCAAAGACAGAAGUCCCUAAAAGCAAAAAUGAACAGAAAAACAUGCCUUGGCUCUUUACAUGAAGUUGAAUCUGAUCCUGUAAUUCAGGUCUCAAUUGGAACAGCAAAAUAUGAAAGUGCCUAUAGGGCUGUAGUGUGGAAGAUAGACAGACUUCCGGAUAAAAACUCAAGCCCAUAUCAGCCACACAGUCUGUCUUACAAACUAGAACUUGGAUCAGACCAGGAAAUACCUUCUGACUGGUAUCCAUUUGCAACUGUACAGUUUGACAUGCUUGAUGCGUGUGCCUCGGGGACUGAAGUAAAAUCGUUGGGCAUAGAGUGUGAUGUUCAGCCCCAGAAACAUUUGAACGAGAAAACUUGCUACAACUGCCAGGUUGAAAUUGAAAAGAAGUGGAUCAGGCUUGAUGGAGAAGACCCAGAUAAGGCUAGCAACUGCCUAAUGCAGUAA